AUGCUACAGCCUACACUCACCUUGCUUUGUAGUUUUGCAGAUCGAGAUAUGUUUGCGCGAUUUGCUGGGAUUGGUGUUGGACACGAGGUCCAGUACACCUCCUCAGCAAUCAAGCAACAUUCCAAGAAAUAUUGGGAUGACGCUUUCAGUUGCGGAGACGAAUCAUCCGACGAGGAAGACACCAUCGAGGAUGGAGAUGCCGAGGGAGAUGUCAUUGAGGAAAAUAACAUGGAGGAAGGCAAUGUUGAGGAAGGCAAUGUUGAGGAAGAUGAUGUUGAAGAAGAUGACGACGAAAGUGAUGUCAGCGAGGAUAGUAACAGUAGUACCGAGGAUGUUGAUGAGCCUGAAGAGUCAGACUCGGACGGGGAGGAUGACAGCGAUGACGACGACAACCUAUACUAUAGAUUUUAA